GUUGUAAAUGAGCCUUUGACUUGUCCAUUUUACUUCGUACUUUGACCGGUGUCUUCUUUACAACAGUCUCUACGAGUACGGAUCUUUUUACGAGUUUACGGCAAUAAUUCGCUGGUGCUCCUUUUCUUACCUCCUCCCCACUGCGCAGCGGGCACCCACUUCCCUCCCUUGUCUGGACUAACUAGCGGCGGCUGGACUCUUGUGCGCAGACCGACAGCUUUCCCCAUCCCUCCCUCCCAGUGAUACAGUUAGAUACUCGGUCUCCCUUUCUCCGUCAACUGCAUCUUGUGCUUCUGAUUGCAUUAUAUUAUUCUUUCGUUGUUCUAUAAGCCGGUGCCAUGUCUGGUCGCUUUGUUCGUUCAUCCAAAUACCGACACGUCUUCGGACGACCGACGAGAAAGGAUCAAUGCUAUGAUAACCUUCGCAUCUCGAAAAAUGCUUGGGAUACCAACCUUGUCAAGGCCAACCCUCGUUACCUCUCCGUGAAUUGGGAAGCCGGUGGUGGUGGUGCAUUUGCUGUCAUUCCUCUUGAAGAGCGAGGCAAGCUACCUGAGAGAAUACCUUUGUUCAGGGGUCAUACCGCAGUCGUUCUGGACACCGACUGGAACCCCUUCAAUGAUGAUCUGAUUGCCUCUGGUUCCGACGACGGCAAGGUCUUGCUUUGGCGAGUUCCCGAAGGCUUCACUCUCCGGCCGGACGUCGAACCUGACGAAGUACAAGACAUUGCGCCCGUUGGCAAGCUGAGCGGUCACCCAAAGAAGAUUGGGCACGUGCUCUUCAACCCCGCCGCAGAAAACAUCCUCGCGACCGCCUCUGGCGACUUCACUGUUAAGAUUUGGGAUAUCGAAGCCGGAGCCUCCAAAUUGACGUUGAACUUGGGAGAUAUUGUCCAGUCUCAAGCGUGGAGCGCUAAUGGUUCCCUGCUGGUCACCACCUCUCGAGACAAGAAGCUGCGGAUCUGGGAUGUUCGUCAGGAGCGACCCGCCCACGAAACCCAGGGACACUCGGGUGCAAAGAACAGUCGUGUUGUAUGGCUGGGCGAGCGCGAUCGCAUUGCGACUACCGGUUUCUCCAAGAUGAGCGAUCGCCAGCUUGCGCUUUGGGAUAUUCGUGCCCCUCGCGAACCCAUCAACGGCUUCAAGACUCUUGAUUCGAUCUCUGGUGUGUGCAUGCCGUUCUGGGACGAUGGCACUCAAUGUCUGUACCUGGCUGGUAGAGGCGACGGCAACAUCCGGUACUUCGAACUGGAAAAUGACAAGUUCGAGUUCCUUGCCGAAUACAAGUCCGCCGAUCCCCAGCGUGGUAUUGCUUUCAUGCCCAAGCGAGGUGUGAACCCCCACGAGAACGAGGUCACCCGAGCCUUCAAGACUGUCAACGACAGCUACAUCGAACCAAUCUCCUUCAUCGUCCCUCGCCGGUCAGAAAACUUCCAAGACGAUAUCUACCCCCCUACUAUCGGUCUGAAGCCCGCUAUGGGCCCGUCGGAAUGGUUGGCUGGAAAGGAAGCCAUCCCGCCCAAGAUUUCCAUGGCCAGCCUUUACGAAGGCGAGGGUUUGAAGGAGGUCACAGGUGUACAAGAGCAGCCUACUCCUACUACGAGUGCUCCUGAACCCAAGGCUGAAACUGAACCCAAGCCAGCCGAACCUGUCGCUGCAAAGAAGGCCGCUGAACCCGUCUCGACGCCCACACCCGUCAUCAAGCCGGAGGUGUCCAUGAAGGAGCAAGGUGCUUCAAUGGCCGCCAUGGUGAACAAGUUUGCCGACAAGGAAGACGAUGCCGAGCCAGUGGAUGAUGAUUCUAGCUUUGAGGAAAUCUCCAAGCCCACUGAGCGGACUGCUCAUUCCGCGGAUAACGCGUCGCCCUCGAUUAAGACCAGCCCAUGGCAACAGAAGGAAGAGGUCAAGUCGCAGGCCAGUCCUGCUCCGGCCUCUCCCGUCGUCGCCGAACGAAGCACCCCUACCGUGUCCACUCCUACCACCACAACGUUCCCUCCACCCGCAGGCUCGACUCUUCAGACCGGCGCCGCUGUUGCCGCCGACGCCGUCCAGCGCGAGGUCUCAGCCAUCAAGGACCUGCUCGCGGAGCAAACCAAGGUCAUUGCAUCACAGGCGGAGCAGAUCCAGAACCUGACUGCGGAGAUCGAGUCUCUCAAGGCCAAGCUGGGCUAGCCAAUUUCUGUUCCGUGUAGCCUCUGCCAUGUAUUCUAACUUGUGUGCGUCAGGGUCGUUUCGCAACCUAAAAGAAUCCGUCCUCUUCGUUUGUUCAUAACCAUAGUCGGUGUCUUAUAUUCUCGCGGGCUUAUAGCAUGUUGCAAUGUCAAUACCACUUCAUAUCGAGUUUACUCCGAUGCGGGGUGGUCACCGAGGUUGUAUGGCCAUAUGAUAGUCACGCUAAGUCGUAACGCCCUGACAAUAACACCAUUCGAGUAUACUUAAUCAGAUUCCCG